AUGUUGUCAAACAAUGUUGAUUCGUCCGAUCCAAUCCAAGAAAUCAGGGAUGAGCUCAUCGCGCUCCUGGAGCGUUUUGUGCAUCUUAUUGCUUCCCACGCAGCCAUUGAUCUUCAAGAGACGCCCAAGUUUCAAACAAUACUUCACGAACUUUGCGAGGCACGCCCGGAUGUCGCACGAGCCAUUGUAGGAACCAUUCAAGAGAGAAACAAGCCGGUCCCACCCGAACAGCAGGUCAACGCGAGCACUGCCCCCUUAAAACGAAAAUGGAAGCUAGACCAAGAUCCCCCUUAUCGUCCAUCAAAGUCUACCAGGAUUAGCAGAUCUUCCGCAUACCUUGCGAAAUCCAGUCCCACCGCUGACUGUCGCGGUCUGGAAACAGAAAGGCCGAUCAUGGAGGACGACGAAGCUCUUCCAACAGUCACCAUGGCAAGCGAGGACAUGCCACUGAUGGAGACUCCAACAUCACGCGGGCCCGAAAAUACCCUACCAGAUGCUGAACCAAUGCCGCCCGCCGGAAAGACCCUAGAUGCAGGACAGAUUGAAAAAAAGUCCUUCCCUCAACCUAAGGUCUACCAAGAAAAAGUACUAGUGUCAGCUGAGAGCUCUAGUUCAUCCUGUCAGCUCCCAACAGACUCCUCUAUGGAGGCAUCGCCUGUCCGGGACUUGAUUGUUGAGGCUGCUCGGACCCUCUACCACAACUCAGCCAACACCAGGACGGCGUCCCAAAGGCUAUACACAAACGAAUUCUUCGUACUUGAGAUGGGAUCCUCUCGGCAACGUCACGUUACUAUUCUUAAUAUGCUGGAGUACAUGGGGGCCUGGGAAUGGUAUGAUGGCCAAGUACAACUGGCCCAAAGGACGAUCUCCACCAAGAAGGGCCAGCCCGUGGAUCGUCGAGGAGCUGCAAUCCAUGUGCUGAAUGAGAUGCAGACCACUCGAAGGAGUGUGGAAGACCAGGGAAGGUGGAUUAGCGGGGUUGGAACGGUUGCGUUGAACCAAAGUGAAGCAGGCCACGAGCUUCCGGGCAGUCCGGUCAGCCUUGCUGAGAGUGACCAGCGCCAGCGGAGGAAACUGAUCAGCAUGCAACUUAGCAGAGGCCAGAAGCUAAGCACGAAGCUGACUAAAAACCUAGGAUUUGGGAUACUGUUCAGCAAAAAAAGCUGGGAAUAUACUAAGAUGAGCAUGAGGCGUCUGGACGACCUUAUUAAUUCUAUCCAAGCAGACCCCGGAUCCCGGAUGAAGAUAUCGUCGGACGAACAAAAGAAGAAGGGCACUAGUGGAGCACACACCAGCAAGAUGGAUGUGGAUUCCAAGUCUCAGUCUGGUCGCAGCCCAGAAAAAGAAGAGCAAAAUUGUUUGCCACUUGAUAAGGAGGCUGUCGACUCUGAUAUUCAAUCGUGGGUCACAACACAACUUGCUCAACGGCAUGAUUUUACAAAGAAGUCGUUGUCGCAGGAUCUUAUCAAGGAAAUCCAGGGGAGGGUUGGUGAUGGGGCCGACGGGAUGUUCAGGUGGGCGUUCUGUCAAUUGGACAGUCUUGCUCGAUGUUCCCACGAAGCCGCUAUGGAGGAGGCUCUUGCAUCUUUGCCGCAGACAUUAAAUGAGACAUACCAGCGCAUGAUUGCAAACAUACCAGCAGAGUUACAGAAUGAUGCUAUACGCCUCCUGCAAUUCCUGGUGCACUCCAAGAGACCUGUCAAGCUAGCGGAAGCUAAAGAAGUAAUUGCGACGCAGAUUAAAACUAAGGCGCGAGGGUUCAGUGUCAAGCGUCGACUGUUCUAUGAGACUGAUGUUUUGAAAUACUGUCCCGGCUUACUGACAGUUGUUCAGGCCACCAAUAAAGAGCUACACCUCGCCCACUUUUCUGUCAAGGAGUAUCUUGGUGAAAUGAAUGGUUUUAGCAAUGCGACUGCCAGCGUUUCUAUUACAAAGACGUGCUUGACUUAUCUCACGGACAUCAACGGUAGCCACAAAGAGCUCGAGGAGAAUUUUCCAAUGGCAAGAUAUGCGGCGGAAGCUUGGACAGGCCAUGCUGCGUUAGCUCAGGCUUCUUCAGAUAUUGUUGCAGCGAUAGUCAAGUUCUUGAUGGAGGAAGCGACAUUUCAACGAUGGCUUCAUUUGUUUCAGGCUGAUGUGAGUUGGAAAAGCAACUCUGGCUCUCCACCAGGCUCCAGGCUCUACUAUGCGUGCUUCGCAGGGCUCGCACAGCCAGCACGAACUAUAAUCCACAAUGGGGCAGACGUCAACGCGAAGGGCGGCCGCUAUGGCAAUGCUCUCCAGGCUGCCUCGAUAGAAGGCCAUCAGGAGGUUGUGAGACUGCUCUUGGACAAGGGAGCAGAUAUCAACACGCAGGGCGGGGAAUAUGGCACUGCUCUACAGCGGGAUUUUAUUGGUCCGCUAUCAGGUGAUUUGCGCAUGACUGGGUCUUUCAAAAAUGGUAAAUUGGGCAGUUCAUCCUUCGGUAUCCAGAAGACCUACCAAGAGUAUCUUGGUGGUAGUAUGCACACUUGGCGUCACCAACUCAGAGACCAGGACAGCAUUUGA